AUGGUGAUCCUGUCCUGGGAAAACCAAACAAUGAGAGUGGAAUUUGUGCUUAGAGGAUUCUCUUCCAUCCAACAGCUAAAUAUUUCCCUUUUUAUGAUGUUUUUCGUUUUCUACAUCUUAACUGUUUCUGGAAACAUCCUCAUUGUCCUCCUAGUUUUGUUCAACCGUCACCUCCACACCCCCAUGUACUUCUUCCUGGUGAACUUGUCCUUUCUGGAGAUCUGGUAUACCUCCAACAUCAUCCCCAAGAUGUUGCUGAUUAUCAUAGCUGAACAGAAAACUAUCUCCGUGGCUGGCUGUCUUGCACAGUUCUACUUCUUUGGAUCCCUGGCUGCAACAGAAUGCCUCUUGCUUGCUGUGAUGUCCUAUGACCGCUAUCUGGCCAUCUGCCAACCUCUCCACUACCCCAUCCUCAUGACCGGCUCCCUCUGCAUCAGGCUGGCUGCCAGCUCUUGGCUCUGCUGCUUCCUCCUCACAGCAAUCACCAUGGUCCUGCUGUGUAGACUAAGCUUUUGUGGACCUAACGAAAUUGAUCACUUCUUUUGUGACUUCACUCCUGUGGUCCAUCUUUCCUGCACGGACACUUCACUGACUGAGACCAUUGCCUUUACCACCUCCUCUGCAGUGACCCUGGUCCCACUUCUCCUCAUCACAGCCUCCUACGCCUGCAUCCUUGCUGCUAUCCUAAGAAUCCCAUGUGGCACAGGCCGGAGAAAGGCCUUCUCCACCUGCUCUUCCCAUCUCACUGUGGUUGUGGUGUUUUAUGGGACGCUGAUUGCCACAUACCUUGUGCCCUCAGCCAACUCUUCCCAACUCUUUCACAGAGGGCUCUCCAUGCUCUACACUAUCCUGACGCCCAUGUUCAACCCCAUCAUCUACAGCCUCAGAAAUAGAGACAUCCACAAAGCUCUGAAGAAGUGCUUGAGUAAGAAAUCAGGUUUCCUCAGAUGA